GGAAAAGCUCUAGAAUGAAAUAGACUUUAUAGGUCUGAUAUUCUGGGUGAGAAAAUGUACGGAAAGACGAUAUCACGUGCCCACACUAAAACGGCUGAAACUCUACUGCCAACAACGCUUUUCUUUGCUCACCUCAUCUUGUUGACCAUCACAUCUUGCUGCAACAAACUCACAUCAUUAUGCCCAGAAAGAAGAAGACCAAAGCCCCUGCCAGAUCUGUGCGACAACCAUCAUGUAGCAGGCUUUUGCAGGUUCCUCGCGAGAUCAGAGACAAUAUCUAUUCUUGGGUGUUCACCUCUACACGGCUGACCUAUGGAGAGGAUCCUGAUGACCCUCGUAGUAUCAAGCGAGCAAAAAAGAAAAGCCGACUUCAUUCCCUCUCGCUGUUAUACACCUGCCAACAGGUCCACCGUGAAAUUGGUUCACAGUGGAUUGGCUGGGUCCUCUUCAACUUCCAAACAGGAGAGGCGCUGCUGGAUAUACUCACUGAGUUCCCGGAGCAAAGAGUCGCAGCAAUUCGUCACUUACGCGUCAACAGUCGCCCGGUCAUGCUUUCACUGCCACAUGACGACGUCUACUACAGGCUUGCUUGGAUCCUAAAGUUGGUGCCACAACUCAGACUGGACACCCUCACUGUCAUCGGUGGUGAUGCGGGCAUGCUCAAGGGACCCUCAGGCAUGGUGGAUUACCAAAUCCUUGACGAGCUGGUAUCGUGUGGUUCUGGAUGGAAGGAAUUGCAUUAUAUCACGCCCACCUCAUCUAUCCUUAGCUUCGCCAAGACCACGCAAUUUGGGAAGACAUACAUCCGCAAACCGCAGCCCGAAGUAUGGCAGUCGACCCUGACAAAUCGAGAUGGGCCCAAUUCAGGGGCCACGGUAACGAUUUUCCGAUCUCAGUCACGCAUCAGAGAAUCAGUACGCCAACCCGGUGCAAGGGAGCUCUACCAGUCGAUUGUACCGCCAGAGGAAUAUACAGAUUUUGGCGAAGUAGAGGACACUUUUCUGUGCAAAGACGAUCAGGACGCCAGAGCCGUACUUGUAGUUGUCAAACGGGGUCGAAAUACCAACGUCGUGCAGGAAAACGGGGAGCCACCUUACGAUGAGAAUUAUGACUUGAGGGCAUUGGUCACGGACGAAUACCCGACAUGGACCAGUAUUAGAAGUGGCUACACCGAAGGCGCAAGCGAUUAUGACGAAUAUAACGACUAUGGUUAUCAUGAUGACGACGAUGAUGAUGACGAUGACUACAUCGGUAGUUCAUAUCCUUCAGUGAACAACAAGCAUCGGGAUGCGUAUGGCAAUGACGCCUACCAGAUGAAAGAUGUCAACAUGCUCGACCUUGAUUCAGACUCUUGGACGCAUGCAGACCAGAACCGGCCCGAGCCGUGGACGGAAGAGAAAGCUCGUGCGACAUUCGAAAGAAUGUUUCGAAACUUCAACUGAUCAUAUUAUACGGGGAGGAUAGUGCAAUGCGCAACUUGUCGACCGGAAGUCGAGGAUUACCCACUACAUACGCUGUUCGACAAUUCCAUACGUCUAGGUAUGGUGUGUUCUAGCAUGAUGCGGAUGCUCGGUUCACUGUGAUGUUGCAGAUCUGUACUCAUCAAUAUAUUUAAAAAAAAUGGCUACUCGGAACAUGUAGACGCUCAUAUAUGGAAAGACCAAAAACACGAUGUCAACAUAGCCCACGAGCUGAAAUUUUAUG